AUGGCUGCUGUUAUUAAGGCUAUCAACGCCAAGAUCCGCUCCAAUGCGGUGCUCGACUAUGUCUGCUCAACCCACUUCUGGGGCCCCGUCUCCAACUUCGGUAUCCCUAUCGCCGCUGUGAUGGAUACACAGAAGGACGCUGAGAUUAUCUCCGGACCCAUGACCGGUGCCCUGGUUAUCUACGCCGCUACCUUCAUGCGCUACUCCCUCGCUGUCACCCCCAAGAACUACCUCCUUUUCGCCUGCCACUUGACCAACUUUGGCGCUCAGACUACCCAGGCAUACCGUUAUCUGAACUACUGGAAGUAUGUUACCUCUCCCAGGAUAUUUCACCUCGGACUCUGUCCUGGUGCCCAACAACGAUUGAGUACAGAAACUGAUACUUCUUCUUUUUGCAGCUGGGGUGGCCGUGAGAAGCAGCUCGCCGAGCAGGCCGCUAAGGGCGGUGCCGCUACCGAGGCCGGUGCUUAA